AUGUUUCUGUGUUUUAUUAAUCAAGUGUUAGGAGCCGAAGUGUUAUUUGCAUCCUCGUUUACAACAAAUGAUUUUACUACAAAUGAAGGUAGAUGAUCAUUUUUGAUUAUUAGGAUGGAUGGUUUAUUCAAGAAAUCAUAAUGAUUUUGGGAUAGAAGCUUAUGAUAAUUAAAAUUAUAUAGGACUGAAUGUUUUAUCAGGAUGGUAAUUAAAAGGGGAUGGAAUUACUAAAGUGUUUUAUUCACUACCACCUCAUUAUGCUAUUAGAGUUAAAGGGACUAUAUUAAUGUAUUUGCAUAUAUUAUGAAAGUAAAAUAAUUUCCUCCUUUGAUUACACUGAAGGAGUAAUGAAAAUUGAUGGCAAAACAUCUGCAUUGAAAUCAUUAGUAUCAUAUCUGAAUUAAAAAGUUGGAAGGUAAAUAUAUUAGAAAAGUUAUUUCGAUAAUUAUGAGUUUCAUUAUGCUACUUCUGUGUACAUUUAAGUGUAUUUUGGAUAAAGUUAUCCAACUGAUGAUUUAUCUCUUGGUUUUAGAGAUUUUUACUUAUAUGUUUUAACAUGUCCAAAUGGAUGUGAUUCAUGUGAUAAUGCAGUUGUUUGUAAUGAUUGGAAACUGUAAUAUAGAUCAUUAAUAAAUUAAUAAUUUUUGACUUUUGACACAGAAGGAUGGUAUAUGAGUGCUAAAUUUAACAAUUUAGAUAAAAAUUCUUAUAUUUCAAUAAAAAGAUGUUAAUGUAAGAAAUGAAAUUAACAUUAUUUAGAUUAAAGCAUUGAUAUUCUUUUCUUUGGUUUGGGUAGAUUAAAUUAAUAAUUUCAGAAAACAAUAUAAUUACCUCUACAUUAUAAAGUUAAGAUUUCCUAUUUCUAGUUAUUAUACAAUAUUUUGUCACAAUAUAAAUAUAAUUGGAUGGCAGAAGUUGAUGGAAAUAUAAUAAUCACAUCAACAUUUGGAGUAAAAACAACAUUACCACCUCAUAUUUGUGGAUAUGAUAACGAUCCUGAAUAAAUUUCUGGAGAAAUUCUAGAAAAUGUUAGUUUUGAAGCAAGUCAUAACAAAUAAUUUUUAAAUUUUGCUACUUAUCCUACUGAUUAUAUAUUUAGUGAUUAAUCAAUAAGAUGGGGAAUACGAGAUUUUGAAAUUUAUAUCAAACCAUGUCAUAGUUCCUGUAUAUAUUCUUGCAAAGGACCAGGUCCAUCAGGUUGUUAAGAUGAUAUUCUUUAUACAUAAUAACUAUUCUAUUCAAUUUUUACAGAAACAACUUUUACAAAUAAUGAUGGUUGGCAAAUGAUUCAACCAACUCAAUUAUCUACUUUAAGAUGUAUGGAAAGUCUAGUAUCAACUACUACUAAAUUCUUUUAAGGAAAUAAUCACUUUUAAAAAGUAUUUUAUCUUACAUAACCUCAUACUACAAUUUCAAUAUCAUUUACUCUAUUUUAAAUAGAUAAAUUUACAGGAGAAAAACUCUUUGUAUUAGUAGAUGAUGUUGAAGUUAGAUAAGUGUCUUUACCUGCUGUAACAAUUAGUGAUGGACUACCUUUAUGUAGUGUUGAUGAUGAUUAUGAUAAAAGAAUAAUAGUUAAUAUUACUAAUAUUGCACAUUCAUAAAAUACACUUAUUGUACAAAUGUACACAAAUUAAAUUGUAACAGCUACUGGAUUUUGGGGAAUAAGAAAUUUUGUAUUAACACUUGAUAGGAGAGUAAUUUCUACUGAAUUUGCUAGUUUGAAUUUAGUUAGUGAUGACUGGAAAGAUUGGGUAUAUACACCAACAACAUUUUCAUUAUCUCUUUGUUCUUCUAAAACCUUAUUUGGAGGUGUUUCAUAAUUAGAUUAAACAUCAAGUCUUAGAAAAAUCAUUAAAAAUAUUCCUCAACAUGAAAAGAUUAAAAUUGAAUUCAAAAUUAUUGUUAAAGCACCAGCAAAUGAAGAUAUUUAACUUACUUUUUCUAUUGAUGGAAAGCAAGUUUUUCUAAGAUAUAUAAAAACAUAAACAAUGUUAUAUUGUGAUGCAUCAACUAAUAGUAACAUUUUUACAAUUGAAGAAAUAUACGAACAUUCAAAUUCUUAAAUAUUUUUGUAAAUUUCAACUAGCAAUUCUAAUAGUAUUGUUUAUACAUGGGGUAUAAGAGACUUUAAAUUAAGUCAUUAUUAAAGAUACAUCUAUUCUGGUUGA